AUGCCCAUACCCCAAGCUAAAGCGGCCCCGGACGAAGACAAGCUGCGCUCCCCGCAGACAUCCCCGGGACCACCGCAGGUCAGAGCACCAGCCUCACCCAACUUUGAUUCUUCGCCUUUGGAGAGUCACAAGCCCCAAGCAACAGUUGCAUUGACUUUUUGUUCUUUCUUCUUCUCUGUUCUGCUUCCCCACCUCUUCCGCUUGUUUCCCCUCCUUCUUCCCAAUUGCUCCUACGAGCUCCUGCCACUGCUGCUGGAAUCCACGUCCAACCUCCUUUCACUUCUCUUUCCAUCCCUCUUCGAUUUAGUUACUUGCUCUCUGGCCUGUCUUCAGCCGCUCUUCGGACUUCAAAUAUCAAUGGCUACUAACGGCACGGACACGCCCAGGCGGGACACGAGGAAUCAUGCUCUUUUCGAAGUGGCAACCGAAGUCGCCAAUCGAGUGGGAGGCAUCUAUUCGGUGUUGAAAUCCAAAGCUCCUGUCACCACGGCUGAGUAUGGCGAACGUUACACACUCAUCGGUCCCUGGAAUAGGGCUUCUGCAGCUGUCGAAGUCGAAGUCCUGGAACCGACAAAUCAGGCUAUGGUUGACACAAUUGCGUCUAUGAAGGAACGUGGUAUUGAAAUGAUCUACGGACGUUGGCUCAUUGAGGGAGCUCCUCGAGUGCUGCUUAUUGAUACUGGAACGGGCUACCGCUACCUGAAUGAAUGGAAGGGGGAUCUCUGGAAUAUUGCUGGUAUCCCUUCGCCUGAAGGAGAUCAUGAGUCCAACGAAGCAAUUGUCUUCGGAUACCUGGUAGCAUGGUUUCUUGGAGAGUACAUUGCGCACGAGUCAAAACGAGCCGUGGUUGCCCAUUUUCAUGAAUGGCUUGCUGGAGUUGCCCUCCCUUUGACCAAAAAACGACAUAUGGACUUGACAACUAUUUUCACUACACAUGCGACUCUCUUGGGUCGUUAUCUUUGUGCUGGGUCUGUUGACUUCUACAACAACCUUCAAUAUUUUGAUGUUGAUGCCGAGGCCGGGAAACGUGGUAUCUACCAUCGAUACUGCAUUGAGAGAGCGGCAGCCCACUCUGCUGAUGUCUUCACAACUGUAUCACACAUUACUGCUUUUGAAAGUGAGCACCUGCUGAAGAGGAAACCCGACGGUGUCCUACCUAACGGGUUGAACGUGAAGAAAUUCUCUGCCAUGCACGAAUUCCAGAACCUGCACUCGCAAGCCAAGGAGAAAAUCCAUGAUUUUGUCCGGGGGCACUUUUACGGGCAUAUGGACUUUGACCUGGAAAAUACACUCUACUUCUUCACUGCUGGUCGUUACGAGUAUCGUAACAAGGGUGUGGACAUGUUCGUUGAAUCACUGGCACGGCUUAACCAUCGCCUUAAGACAAGCGGCUCAAAGACUACUGUGGUUGCCUUUAUCAUCAUGCCAGCUCAAACUUCGUCACUGACAGUAGAGGCCUUGAAGGGCCAGGCUGUUGUUAAAUCUCUGCGAGAUACUUUGGAGAUGGUUGAGAAAGGCAUUGGUCGGCGACUCUUUGAACGAUGUCUUUCCUGGAAGGACGGGGACAACAUGCCCGAUGAAAAGGACCUUAUCACUAGCCAAGAUCGAGUUCUCUUGCGCCGUCGGCUUUUUGCAUUGAAACGCAACACUUUACCUCCAAUUGUAACACACAACAUGGUCAACGACUCAGAAGACCCGAUUCUGAACCAGUUGCGUCGCGUUCAGCUCUUCAAUCAUCCUUCAGACCGAGUCAAAGUUAUCUUCCACCCAGAGUUUCUGAACUCGGCCAAUCCCGUCCUGCCGCUCGAUUAUGACGACUUUGUACGAGGUACGCACAUGGGAAUUUUCCCUUCGUAUUACGAACCAUGGGGCUAUACUCCGGCGGAAUGUACGGUCAUGGGUGUUCCCAGCAUAACAACAAACUUAUCUGGCUUUGGCUGCUACAUGGAGGAACUCAUCGAGAAUUCAUCUGACUACGGUAUUCAUAUUGUGGACCGACGGUCCAAGGGAGUUGAUGAUUCGGUCAACCAGCUCUCUGAUUUCAUGUUUGAGUUUGCAUCCAAGAGUCGGCGCCAACGUAUCAAUCAACGGAACCGAACCGAACGACUCAGUGACUUGCUUGAUUGGAAACGUAUGGGACUUGAAUAUGUCAAGGCGCGGCAAUUGGCUUUGAGGAGAGCUUACCCUACAUCAUUUGAUGCCGAGGAGGAUUUCAGCGACUAUAUUGGCAGCACGGCCCAAAAGAUCUCUCGACCACUCUCGGUCCCAGGAUCACCACGUGAUCGUACUGGAAUGAUGACUCCUGGAGACUUUGGUUCGUUGCAGGAAGGCCGAGAGGGGUUAAGUACGGAGGAUUACAUUGCGUGGAAACUGCCUGAGGAGGAAGAGCCAGAUGACUUUCCGUACCCCCUGACACUCAGGACCAAGGGGUCGAGCGACCGUCCUCAAUCGCCUCUCGAUUCGAUCUCGUUGAAUGGCAAUUAG